GCCAGUUAGUUUGUAAACAACGUGUUUGUGUAUGCGAUAAGACAUGAUAGAUGCAUCGCUUGAGUAUUUUGUGAUGUAAUGUUAGAUAGGGCGUUAUGAUAGUUCCAACACACAGUAUUUUUGUAUGUAAUGUUAAAUAAAGUGUGAUGUGCAGUGUUGUUCGUACUUCUUUUUUUACUUCUUCUGACACAUCGGUAGGAGUUCAGUGCGCUAUGGAAACUUUUAGCCCCAGGUUUCAACACAAGUAGCUGUCAGUUUUCAUUCCACAUCGGUUUCAUAAAUUAAUUUGAUUGUUACCCUGAAAAUGACUUUCAUAAAUGUUAUUGUCGGAGUAGUGGUCGUGCACUGUGCCCUUUACUUCUUCGAUAUACUAUUUAAGAGCUGCUCUCACUACCCAUACAUCUAUUUUCUUCAGAAUGUUGGACUUAAUAUUGAACCGUUUAAAAUAAAAUGGUUUACUACAGCAUUUAACAGGAUAUUUCAAAAAUGGGGGACGUGGCACCCAAAGUUGUUGCGCUGCUGGUUCACAGUCGGUUCUUGGGUGUCACUAGCACUAGUUCCCCUCGCAACAUACAUAACGAUUAAAACUUGUUUUGACUUCUGGCAAACAGCCUCUGUUGAGCACGAUCGUAAGCAUUCGGUUACCCUGGAGCCAUUGGUACCUGGAGUAAAUUUGCCAGCAAGUGAACUCGGAUACUAUGGAUUAACAAUGAUUGCCUGCAGUAUUGUUCAUGAGUUUGGUCAUGCAGUGGCUGCAGUUCGGGAAGAUGUUCACAUAUCAGGCUGUGGCAUAAUCUUAAUAGCUAUUGUGCCAUUAGCGUAUGUUAAUCUUAAUUCAGAUCAACUGGAAUCCCUGUCUCCAAAGAGGCAACUACGAAUUUUGUGUGCUGGUGUAUGGCACAACAUUGUCUUAGCAGUUUUUGCAGCUAUAUUCCUAUGGCUGUUGCCACUGAUUUUCUACCCAGCUUUUGAUUCAGGCAGUGGUGUAGCAGUGCAGAACAUCAGAGAGGAUUCUGCACUCAUGGGGCCAACUGGACUGAAAGUUGGAGACAGGGUGGUGGCAAUAAAUCAGUGUGAAGUUUUGGAUUCAGAGACUUGGUAUCACUGUACUUUAUUGGCAAUCAAACAACCAAGUCCUGGAUAUUGUAUAUCAGCUGAGUUGGUCAAGGAACAUGAUGAAUCUGUGCCAGUUCGACAGCUUCCUAAUGGUGCAGUUGACUGUUGUGGAAUGAACAGCCCAGAUCACCUCUGCUUUGAAUAUUUGGAAAAGGAAGGAGGAACACUAGAGUUACCUCAGCAUUCUUGUCUACCAGGUCGAAAAGUGGUUGAAUCUGCUGCACUUAUGUGCUCAAAAGCUACUGACUGCACAUCAGAUCUCCACUGCUUAAAGCCAUCCCUUGAAAAUUCAACAAGACUUGUUCGAAUCGAAAGAUUAGACGCAAAGGUAGUUUUAUUUUUGGGUCGACCAGCUGAAAUCUAUCAUACAAUUGCAGUUAGUGAUUAUGUUCCUUUAUAUUUCAUUCCUUCAACGUUGCCUGAAAUGGUGACCCAAAUAUGUAAAUACUGCAUAUUAUUUUCAUCUGGAUUGGCUGCAGUUAAUGCCAUACCAUGCUUUUUCCUAGAUGGUCAGUACAUAAUGAGAGCCUUAAUUGAUUUCCUGCUAGGUAAAAAAAUUCCCUUGAAAAGUGUAAGGCAGACAUUAGCAGUAUUUAUUACCAUCAUUGGUACAUUUUUUCUUACUGUAAAUGCACUCAGCAUUGUUAUAACAAAAGUUUAUUAUUUGUAAUGACAGCCUACCACUGUUGCAGUUUUUCAUUUGUGUAUAUAUUACAUUAAGUCUUCUUGUCUUUCUUUAGUAAGUAACUACUGUUAAAGCAGUAUUUUCAUAGUGCAGCUAUUAAAAUUAGUUUUGAUAAAAAAAAUUGUGACUUAAGUUAUUAUUAGUGAUAUGAUCUUUAAAAUAUAAGUAAUUGAAAUCUCUUCAGCGGAUGGUGUUAUACAUCUUUCAUCAGACAUCUCAGGUUGUAUAUGGCAUUGAAGCUACCACUAAUUCAGUUAGAGACUACAGUCAACUUCAAGGUUGAUAAUGUACAAUGCACCAAAUAUGGUAUGUCCAUGGAAAUGCUACCUUGACAGCAGUUGUGUGUACCUUCCGAAUAGUUAUGUUAUUCAUUUUUGCCAUUCACAUUAUUAUGGAAAUUGCAGGGGAAGAGUUGGCAGUGUAGGGGAAGAAAAUAUGUGAAGAUCCAUAU